GUCCCUGGCGCUUGGCUCCUCCUUGUCCUUCCUCGCGUGAUUUUUAUCGCACCCAUUUUUGUGCCUUUAUAAAUAAAUAACAAUAAUAAUAAAAAAUCUCCUCCCCACCCCGGCUGGGCGUCGAUCGCCCGCGAGAAGCGGAGCCCCGCCACCCCCGCGGCAGGCAGAAGCGCCGCUCCGGGCCAGGCGGGGGCCCGGCAGGAAGACGCCGAGCCCCCACCCGUGCCUCCCGCUCUCAGCGCGGCGAUGGGUUAGGCGGAUUGUAUCCAGCAGCCGAGAGAAGAGCAGUCGAGCGCGGCGGCGGCGAGGCCCGCGCGGCAGCACCUGCAGCAGGAGGCGGCGGCAGUCAGCGGCGCCCCACACACAGCCCCCGCCAUGGACCUCGGGCUGGAAGUAUGAGCCGGCUACAGCUGCCGGCGGCUGGGGCUCGCGCGCACCCUAAAGGGUUUGCCCCCGCUCGGCGCUCGUGGGCGGCGGGGCUCCCGUCCCACACCCCCCGCUUCUCUCCCUGCAGCCGGCCUCCUGCCCCUGGCGUCCCUGCGGCCGCUGGUUUCCGGGCUCGGACUCUUCCCCUGGCACCGGGGUUAGCGUAAUCUGGCCUGGCUCCUUCUCCUGGGGUCAGUCCCGGCCCCCGGCUCUCUGUCUGGCCACCCCCUCAGGUCUCCGCCCGUUCCGCUGCCCCCUCCCAAAGUCCCUGGUCCCCCAGCUCCCUGUUCAUUGCGCUUCGGCCCCCUUCCCGCGCGUCACUCUCCUUCCUCCCUUCUCCCCCCGCGGCUGCCCUCACGAGUGGGCAGAGUGUGUGUGGGUGAGGCCGGGCUUCCCCGGCCAGCCCCCUCCCCGGGGCGCUGUUGAUUCAUCCGGCAGCCCAUUGAUCCGCGUGCACUGACUUGUAUGUAUCGCUCCCCGCGCCAGCGGCCGCUGCUCCUGCCGCUGCCGCCCGGGCGAGCCCCCGUCUCCCGUCGCGUGGCUGAGCUCCACCAAACAUGUCGGCUCCUGUCGGGCCGCGGGGCGGCCCUGCUCCUCCUCCGCCUCCUCCACCUCAGGCCCCGCAGCCGGAGAUGCCCGACCUCAGCCACCUCACGGAGGAAGAGCGGAAGAUCAUCCUGGCCGUCAUGGAGCGGCAGAAGAAGGAGGAAGAGAAGGAGCAGUCCGUGCUCAAGGUCAAAGAAGAACAAAAACCACAACCGACACAGUGGUUUCCCUUUAGCGGGAUCACUGAGCUGGUAAAUAACGUUCUUCAGCCACAGCAAAAACAACAAAAUGAAAAGGAGCCCCAGACGAAAUUGCAUCAACAAUUUGAAAUGUAUAAGGAGCAGGUGAAGAAGAUGGGUGAAGAAUCACAGCAGCAGCAGGAGCAGAAGAGUGAUGCCCCGACCUGUGGUAUCUGCCACAAAACAAAAUUUGCCGAUGGCUGUGGCCAUAACUGUUCAUAUUGCCAAACUAAAUUCUGUGCACGUUGUGGAGGAAGAGUGUCUUUACGCUCAAAUAAGGAAGACAAAGUGGUAAUGUGGGUAUGUAACUUGUGCCGAAAACAACAAGAAAUCCUCACAAAAUCAGGAGCCUGGUUCUACAACAGUGGAUUAAAUACACCGCAGCAGCCUGAUCAAGAACAUAUUAGAGGAUUGCGGAACGAGGAAGCACCUCAGGAGAAAAAGGCAAAGCUGCAGGAGCAGUCCCAGUACCAAGGACCCUCAGGUGACAUAUCCACGCCAGCUUUGGACAAAAAUAGAUCUCAAGUGCUCACAAGACAAGACUCAAUUAAAAAUGGUUCAGGAGUGAAGCACCAGGUUGCAAGUGACACAACUUCAGACAGGAAAAGAAGCCCAUCAGUAUCGAGAGAUCAGAACAGAAGAUACGACCAAAGGGACGAGAGAGACGAAUAUUCACAGUAUGCUACAUCAGACAGUGCAAUGCCAAGGUCACCAUCAGAUUAUACAGAUAGGCGAUCACAACGUGGGUCUCAGCUGUACGAAGAACCUGAACGUGGUGACUACAGAGAUUCUAACAGAAGAAGUCGCAGACGUUCCAAAGAGUAUUCUGUAGAGGAAGAUGAUGUGCAGAACAGAGAGGAAUAUGAGAGGCAGAGGCGAGAAGAGGAGUACCAGGCACGAUACCGAAGUGAUCCUAAUUUGGCUCGUUAUCCUGUCAAACCACAACCAUAUGAGGAACAAAUGCGUAUCCAUGCUGAAGUAUCCCGAGCACGCCAUGAACGAAGACACAGUGAUGCCUCAUUGGCAAACACUGAACUGGAGGAGUCCCGGAUAUCUAUGCUGAGGAUGGAACGACCAUCAAGGCAAAGAUCUAUAUCUGAGCGCAGAGCUGCCAUGGAAAACCAACGUUCAUAUUCUGUGGAAAGAACUCGAGAGGCUCAGGGACCAAGUCCCAAUCGUCAGAGGACAACAAAUCAUAGCCCUCCAACACCUAGGAGGAGUCCAGUUCCUCUGGAUAGGCCAGAAAUGAGGCGCACUGAUUCAUUAAGGAAACAGCACCAUUUGGAUCCCAGUUCUGCUGUACGAAAAACAAAACGUGAAAAAAUGGAAACAAUGUUAAGGAAUGAUUCACUCAGCUCAGAUCAAUCUGAGUCAGUCAGGCCUCCACCACCAAAGCCACAUAAAACAAAAAAGGGAGGUAAAAUGCGUCAGGUUUCACUGAGCAGCUCAGAAGAAGAAUUGGCUUCUACUCCAGACUAUACGAGCUGUGACGAUGUAGAGAUUGAAAGUGAAAGUGUUAGUGAAAAAGGGGACAGUCAAAGGGGAAAAAGAAAAACUAGUGAGCAGGCAGUUUUGUCGGAUUCUAACACCUUAUCUGAGAGACACAAGAAAAUGGUGUGCUUUGGUGGCCACUCUUUGGAAGAGGACUUGGAAUGGUCUGAGCCUCAAGUUAAAGACUCUGGGGUAGAUACGUGUAGUAGCACAACUCUAAAUGAAGAGCAUAGCCAUAGCGAGAAGCAUCCUGUGACCUGGCAGCCAUCCAAAGAUGGAGACCGUCUAAUUGGACGGAUUUUGUUAAAUAAACGACUAAAAGAUGGAAGCGUGCCUAGAGACUCGGGAGCAGUGCUUGGACUGAAGGUCGUAGGAGGAAAGAUGACUGAAACUGGUAGGCUGUGUGCAUUUAUCACCAAAGUUAAAAAAGGAAGUUUAGCUGAUACAGUGGGACAUCUUAGACCAGGCGAUGAAGUGUUAGAAUGGAAUGGAAGGCUAUUGCAAGGAGCCACCUUUGAGGAGGUAUAUAACAUCAUUUUAGAAUCCAAGCCUGAACCACAAGUGGAGCUUGUCGUUUCAAGGCCAAUUGGGGAUAUUCCCAGAAUACCUGACAGUACACAUGCACAACUGGAAUCCAGUUCUAGUUCAUUUGAAUCUCAAAAAAUGGACCGACCAUCUAUUUCAGUGACUUCUCCCAUGAGUCCUGGCAUGUUGAGGGAUGUUCCACAGUUCUUGUCUGGACAACUUUCAAUAAAGCUGUGGUAUGACAAGGUUGGUCAUCAGUUGAUAGUCACAAUACUGGGAGCAAAGGAUCUUCCUUCAAGGGAAGAUGGGAGGCCAAGGAAUCCUUAUGUUAAAAUUUACUUUCUUCCAGACAGAAGUGAUAAAAACAAAAGAAGAACAAAAACAGUAAAGAAAACAUUGGAACCGAAAUGGAACCAAACAUUCAUUUAUUCUCCAGUUCAUCGGAGAGAAUUUCGAGAACGAAUGUUGGAGAUUACCCUUUGGGACCAAGCACGAGUUCGUGAGGAAGAAAGUGAAUUUUUAGGAGAGAUUCUUAUUGAGCUAGAGACAGCACUAUUAGAUGAUGAACCUCACUGGUACAAACUUCAGACACAUGAUGUUUCCUCAUUGCCACUUCCCCAUCCCUCGCCAUAUUUGCCUCGCAGACAGCUACAUGGUGAAAGCCCUACACGGAGGUUACAAAGGUCCAAAAGAAUCAGUGAUAGUGAAGUCUCUGACUAUGACUGUGAUGAUGGAAUUGGUGUAGUUUCAGAUUACCGACAUAAUGGAAGAGAUCUUCAGAGCUCAACAUUAUCAGUGCCAGAACAAGUGAUGUCAUCCAAUCACUGCUCUCGAUCAGGGUCCUCUCACCAUACAGAUAGUAUAGGACGGACUAGAUCUUGGUCUCCCAGUGUCCCUCCUCCACAAAGUAGGAAUGUGGAACAGGGACCUCGAGGGACUCGAUCUACUCCUGCACAUUAUAAUACCAUGAACCGAAUGGAUAGACAUCGUGCAAUAGAUGACCACUACUCCCCAGACAGAGAGAGGAAUUGUGAAGCAGCAGAUAGACAGCCAUAUCAAAGAUCCAGAUCAACAGAACAGCGUCCUGUGCUAGAGCGGACCAACUCCCGCUCCCGAUCCACAGAGCGUCCUGACUCAAACCUCAUGAGGUCGAUGCCUUCAUUAAUGACUGGAAGAUCUGCCCCUCCUUCACCUGCCUUAUCGAGGUCACAUCCUCGAACUGGGUCUGUCCAAACAAGCCCAUCAAGUACUCCAGUAGCAGGACGAAGGGGCAGGCAGUUACCACAGCUCCCACCAAAGGGGACAUUGGAAAGAAAAGAAGCAGAAUCAUCAAGGAGAAGAAACUCAGGUGGUAUGGAUGUAGAAGAAAGAAAUCGUCAAAUGAAAAUAAGCAAGUACAAACAGGCAGCAGGAUCAGACUCCAGGCUGGAGCAAGAUUAUCAUUCUAAGUAUCGGUCAGGACGGGAUCCUCAGCGAGGCUCAGACAAUAUUUCCAAUAAGUCUUCAGACAGUGAUGUCAGUGAUGUGUCAGCUGUAUCAAGGACAAGCAGUGCUUCUCGUUUCAGCAGCACAAGCUACAUGUCUGUCCAAUCAGAACGACUGAGAGGGAACAAGAAAAUAAGUGUCUUUACAUCCAAAAUGCAAAGCAGACAGAUGGGCGCCUCAGGAAAGAACAUGACUAAGAGCACCAGCAUUGGCGGGGACAUGUACACGCUAGAGAAGAACGAUGGCAGCCAGUCUGACACAGCAGUGGGCACUGUGGGCACUAGUGGCAAAAAACGACGCUCCAGUAUCGGCGCAAAGAUGGUAGCGAUUGUGGGUCUGUCACGAAAAAGCCGCAGCACUUCUCAACUCAGCCAAACUGAAGCGGGUGGUAAGAAGCUGCGGAGCACUGUCCAGAGAAGCACAGAAACUGGGCUAGCUGUGGAAAUGAGAAACUGGAUGACACGUCAGGCCAGCCGGGAAUCUACAGAUGGCAGCAUGAACAGCUACAGUUCUGAGGGAAAUCUGAUUUUCCCAGGUGUGCGGUUGGCCUCUGACAGUCAGUUCAGUGAUUUUCUGGAUGGACUUGGCCCUGCGCAGCUAGUAGGACGCCAAACGCUGGCAACACCAUCUAUGGGCGAUAUCCAGAUAGGAAUGAUGGACAAAAAAGGACAGUUGGAGGUAGAAAUAAUACGAGCCCGUGGCCUUGUUGUAAAACCAGGUUCAAAGACACUGCCAGCACCAUAUGUAAAGGUGUAUCUAUUAGAAAAUGGAGCCUGCAUAGCCAAAAAGAAAACAAAGGUAGCAAGAAAAACACUUGAACCUCUUUAUCAGCAACUUUUGUCAUUUGAAGAAAGCCCCCAAGGAAAAGUUUUACAGAUAAUUGUUUGGGGAGACUAUGGACGUAUGGAUCACAAAUCUUUUAUGGGAGUGGCUCAGAUACUUUUAGAUGAACUGGACCUGUCAAAUAUGGUGAUUGGAUGGUUCAAACUUUUCCCCCCUUCCUCCUUAGUAGAUCCAACUUUGGCUCCUCUGACUAGAAGAGCUUCCCAGUCAUCUCUUGAAAGUUCAACAGGACCUUCUUAUGCUCGCUCAUAGCAGCUGUGAAACUGUUGUCAUAGCAACCAGCGUUACAAAAAAAAAUUACAGGUCGCAAACCCUGGUAACACUGCAUGCUUAAUGUUGUGUCUUCUGAGCCUGUUUCUAGGGCUACCAAGCGAUCCUGUGUUCUCAGAGGAAGUUGCACACAUUGUGCACUAAGGAAGGCCCUCAGGUGAAAGAGUGGAGCUGUAAAGAACUAACAGGUUUGGAGUUCAGUGACGCUUAAGUUUUGGUCCAAUCUGAAGCCAUGGAUUAAACUAAAAGAUCAAUGUGUUUCAUGCAACAAAAGUCCUUUUCAAUGGCAUAUCUAUUUUGUUGCUCCCUUUUAACUGCCCCCCAAAGCCUGUUUAUGCCACAGAAAUGGAGCUACCCCUCUCCCCCAUGAAGCCAUGUUACAAGUCAGUGGAACAGAAGAUGUCGGAAGAACAACAGAAGAACGUAAGACCAUCAAAAAAGAAAAGUCAGCUGUGAUAUGGAACAAAGACCAGAGAAAACUCUUCGUACUAGAAUGCUUUAAAAGUUAUAGUGGCAGGCUUCAUAACUCCAGCUAUCGCUACAGUGAAACCCCAGAUAUGAUGGACUCUCUGAAAAAUAAAAUUCUUUGGAUAUACUGUACUGUAUGAAAUUAAAGAAACUUUUUUGCAUGGACACAGAUUUAGCUGAACACUUAAAUUAUUUUCUUGGGGCUGCAACUUGCAAAAAAAAGAAUAAAUCAGCCAUUUUCAACAAUUUAUAUUAUUUUUAAAAGUAAAUUUCACUAGUGCAUGGUUUUAAAGGGGAGAGAAUGCAACAGGGUGAUACAAAGACACCAUUCUUUAAACCAAUCAUGAUCUGUGUUUUUGCAGACAUAUAUUCAAAAUAAAAGAUGAUAAUUUCUAGCUAAUAUUUAAAAUUCUGUUUAUGUGACAAGAAAUAAGUGUACUAUAUUAAAUUUAUUAAAUGUAAAAGGUACAAGCCUUGUAAAGGUCAACAUUAUGUGCAAAUUGUACACUUCUUCCUCCUUUCUCUCUCUUCUGAAUCUUCCUUUGGCUCUUUUCCCCCCUCUUAUUUUCCAGAAUGAUCCAUUAUAUCCUAAAAUUGCUACCUUUUGACUUAUUGCUUUCUUAUGCCCCAUAUUUGGUUCAGGGUUGCAGAUUGUUUUGCAUUUCUGAAUUCUUGGACAAAAAUAUUGUUUAAGAGCUUACUUUUUUCAAGCAUGUUGAAAAGGAUUUUGCAACAUGGCUUGAGAGUUCAUUAAAGUAAUUCAGCAUGUAUUUGAUAAAGAAGAUAUUUGAACUUUUUGCAAUUAAUUGUACAGUGCAUGGUAACUUAUUUUCAUUUUUUUCUCACCUUCAAAUUGAAUUCUACAGCAAAAUACUGGAAUCAUGUGGCCAUUGUAAGAUGUCUUCAAUAAAUUUGUUUUCAGCACCGGCAUCA